UUUGUAGGUGACGUCUCCUCCUGUGUGUGCGUCAGGCUGAGACGAAUACAACAAACCUAACAAUAGCAACAACAACAACAACAACAACACACAUCGGUGCUCGGUCGGUGUUUCCUCCCGGGAACAAGAGGACACACUUAUUCAUCACGACUUCAGAGGCAGACGGUGCACCAAGUGGACAUGUGGCUCAUUAGUUUGUCUGCCGAGGAGCAUGAAAGCGUCCUAAAGGGCUCUUGAAACAGGGAUUUGUGGAUCAAAGACGUGUGGAGGGAGACAGACGAGGACGGGGCAGCAUCUUCCAACACCUGUGUCCUCACAAAUGUAGGCUUAACAGCACAGAAUGGGUCUACCUGUGGACAGCCCAGACAGAAAUGAUGAUGCACAUAAAUAUGAGCUGCAGGGAGAAGGAGAGGGCGGCGAGAGCCAAUCUGAAGCCUGCACCCGCACCCCGCUGCCCAUCAACAACAACAAGAAGAGGAAGAAAAGCAAGAAGAGAUGACUGUGGAUCAACCUCACCAACUGCAAAUAUGAAAGUGUGCGGCGAGCUGCUCGCAGGUACGGCCUCCGGGAGGCGGUGGAGGGCGAGGACUGGACGCUGUUCUGGACCGACUGCUCCGUGUCUUUAGACCGCGUGAAGGACAUGAAGCGUUACCAGAAAAUAAACCAUUUCCCAGGGAUGAGUGAGAUCUGCCGCAAAGAUUUACUGGCCAGGAACAUGAACCGUAUGCUCAAGCUUUUCCCUAAAGACUACAAUAUCUUCCCCCGAACAUGGUGCCUUCCUGCAGACUACAGUGACUUCCAAGCUUACACCAGGGCCAAAAAAAGCAAGACGUACAUCUGUAAGCCGGACACGGGCUGCCAAGGCAAAGGCAUCGUCAUCACCAGGUCGAGUAAAGACAUCCAGCCUGGAGAACACAUGAUCUGCCAGGUUUACAUCUCCAAGCCUUUUAUAAUCGACGGGUACAAGUUCGACCUGCGUAUCUACGUGCUGGUGACGUCGUGUGACCCGUUCAGCAUCUUCAUGUUCAGGGAGGGACUCGCUCGCUUCUGCACCACCAAGUACAACGAACCCACACACAGCAACGUGGAGGAUGUUUGCAUGCAUCUCACCAACUACUCCAUCAACAAGAACAGUGAGAACUUUGUCCGUGAUGAAGACACUGGCAGCAAACGAAAGCUGUCCACCCUGAACAAGCUGCUGGAGUCGAUCAGCUGCAACACGGACAAGAUGUGGAGCGACAUCGAGGACGUGAUCGUGAAGACUCUGAUCUCGGCUCACCCCAUCCUCAAACACAACUACCACACGUGUUUCCCCAACCACACCACCGGCAGCGCCUGUUUCGAGAUCCUGGGCUUUGACGUGCUGCUGGACCACCGGCUCAGACCCUGGGUGCUGGAGGUGAAUCACUCCCCCAGUUUCACCACAGACUCGCAGUUGGACCGCGAGGUGAAGGAUGCGUUGCUGUACGACACUCUGGUGCUCAUCAACCUCGGAGCCUGCGACCGCCGCAAGAUCACCAAAGAGGAGAGACGACGGGUGAAGGACAGGCUGCAGCAGAACAGCACCAGAGAGGCCAGGUCGGAGGAGCUGCGGCAGUGCCAGGCAGCCACGGUGGAGCAGAUGGAGAGGUACGAGGCCAAACACCUGGGAGGCUUCAAGAGGAUCUAUCCCAGAGAGGGAGGGGAGAAAUACGACAAGUACUUCAAACACAGCAGCUCGCUCUUCCAGGAGACGGCGGCGUCCAAGGCCAGAGAGGAGUGUGCCAGGCAGCAGCUGCAGGAGCUGCGUCUGAAGCAGGAGCAGAAGGAGCGGGAGCAGCGAGGAGGCCGGAGGAGAGAGCUGCAGGGGGAGACGGCGGGGGAGAGAGUGAAACCCCGACGAGCUCAAACACAAACACAAGCCGCAGACUCUCUGUGGGAGCAGCAGCCGGUGAGGCUGUCCUACUCGGCCCUGCAGAGCCUGACUGCAGUAGCUAAUCAAAGGACGGCUCUGUCCAGCAGUGUGCCGGAGGAGCCCGGAGCUGCAGACGUCCAGCAGGAGGAGGAGGAGGAGAUGGAGGAGCAGGAGCGGGUCAACGCGCUCCUCCAGAGGAAGAAGCUGCUGCAGGAGCUGGGGGUGGUGGAGCAGAUCCACCAGCUGCUGCAGGGCCGGGCGGACGCAGGAGGAGUCCUGCAGGACGGCUGCACACAGCUGCACAGCAAACAGGCUCAGAGACAGCAGAGCAAGUUGGAGUCUUUGACACAGUUUCCACAGAGGACGAAGCAGCAGCAGCCCUGCAGUCAGAACACACGACAGCUCGUCCACUCCCACACCACUCAGCAGCGGCUGCUCCGGCCCCCGAUGGACCCCAGGAGCCUCAACGAGCCGGAGCCCGAGAGCCUCGACAGAACGGCGGCAACACGCCGGAGCAUCAGUGCCCAGAGGAACCACUGGACAGUGGGCGGCUCUCUGUGCGUCAAGCAGGACGCCCGCAGCAGCUCGUACAGCGACGCUCGCUCCCGUCCCAGCAUCCCCGUCAUAAACCAGGGGCCCCCCAGAGCGGGGCCGCGCUGCGCCUACAUGUCCCACGACCCCGCCGCCCUGCAGAGCCUGCUCGUCAUCUCCACCCGCGCCCCCCUGGUCCGCAGGCCUGGCUUCUCUCACAUCCUCCGCACCUCGUCCCGCAGAGCCCCCCCCAAGGGCCAGUGA